UAAUACAUAGAACAUGAAAAAGGAGGGGAAAAAAAUCAUGCUCUAAAGAAGAAGCAUAUCGAUAUUUCCCCCCUCGUCCGAUAAUCGGGUCCUCAGGUGUCAGCUCUUUAGGCCGUAGCUGCGAAAAAUACAGAGAGAGAGAGAGCGCAGUAAUUUGUAAUUCUCUCCUCUCACAUCUACUCCACUCAUACAUACGUCUCUCUCCAUCUUCUUCAUCUCCUCAAUCUCCUCACCAAGCAGUUUUCUUUCUUAAUUUCAGUGAAUUAUGCUCAUACGAAGUUAACUUGGGCUAAAUUAUUGCUUUUGCAUGGUUGAUGGUGAUAAAUAGCCGUUAAGGUGCACCGAAGUGCCAAGAGUCUUGAGCCUAGGUGGAGAUGCAAAAAGAAGAAAAAUUCAUCAAAAUCAAAUAAAUGUAUUUGUUGUUUUAAAGAUAAUGGGAGAUGAUGAAAUUCCUCGGGCAUGUGAGGCCGAAGGUUCAGAAACAAUGAUUGAAAUAAAAAUAAAAACUUUGGACUCUCAAACGUAUACUUUAAGAGUGGACAAACAGAUGCCAGUUCCUGCUCUGAAAGAACAGAUUGCUUCUGUCACAGGCGUGUUAUCAGAACAACAACGUUUAAUAUGUCGUGGAAAAGUUUUAAAGGAUGAUCAACUACUAUCUGCAUAUCAUGUUGAAGAUGGGCAUACCUUGCAUCUGGUAGUCAGGCAACCUGUUCUGCCAUCAUCUGAUGGCUUGCUCGGUCAUUCAGGUUUGAUUCAUCAUUUAUCUGGUAACAUCUGCUUCAUUGUCUUUAUAUUCAAAUGGUUGCUUGUUCAGGUUUAAUGUAUUUCAGUUUGGCGUAUAAUGUGAUCAAGGGCCAUAGUUUCUGACUGACCUCCACAUGGUGGUUGAUAAUGACAAAUGAAACCAAAUCCUCCCAUCCCCACCCCCCUUUACUGACCUAAGGUGUCCCCAUAAAAAGUAUUGGUAUAUGUACUUGUACAACUGUAUCAACCACCUUUACCAUCAUAUUUGGAAGCAACAAACAUCUGAUGUCCUGAGGAGUUCAUCCCUCUUUAUUUUUAUGGAUGAAAUAUUUUUUCUUUCAUAAAGUUAACGUUUUUUUAAAUAGAAACAGAAGUCAUAAAAAAAUUAAACCUUUUUUAUAUUAUGGUGAUUUAAUUUAAAAUUUUUAAUUUUUAAUAUCACAAAUCAAAUUCUCAAAAGUUUUAGGAUUUUAUCUAAAUUUAAAAAAAAAAAAUAGAAAAAGUGUCUUAUACUUGUUAUUUUUUGAUUUUUUUCAUAAGAUCCACAUUUCUACACGUCAAUUAUUAAAAUUUUCAAUUAAAUUAUAAAACAGUGCAAACUUUUGGCUUUUUUGUGUCAGGCCUAUUUUUAAAAAAUAUUAUGUGGCAUAUUGAGUGAAAAAAUAACACACAUCCUAUAACACAUUUUUCUUAAUUUUUGAUAUUAGAUUUGAAAAUAAAAUAGAGAUUGAAAAAAAAAAAAGAAAAAAAGAGAAGAAGAUAGAAGAAAGAGAAGAACAAAAAAAUGCAGAGAGUUUUGUUGGAGGGAAAUUGUUAAGGAUCCUGAUGGAUUUUUUUUUUUUGUUGGCGUUUGGUCCUUUAGGGAGGGGGAAAUGUUAUAAAUAGUAUUUUGUCCCUCUUCUCUCUCAGCAUUCCCUUUGCUGAGAUGGGCAUUGGGGUGGUUGUGCUUGUGUUGUUUUGUUUUACUUUUUUUUCUUUCAAGUUUCAGUGCUUAGCCGGUAUUGAAGUGAACUUGCAUUUUGGAGGGUGCUCCGAUUAGCUUCUGAAAAGGAUUAUCGAUCAAUGACGUUGCAUGUCAAGAACCACUAUGUCCAGUAGCUUCCGCUCUUGUUGGCUGAUGAUUGGUUGGGCUCUGGGCGUCUCCUCUUCAUUGUGAUCGGUGUUGUUCUACUAUCGAUAUGUUACGAGCCUUAUUUCACUUGCAUGUCGCUUAUAAGGUUGUUUUCAUAUUAGUUUUGCCCUAAACUCAUUUUGUAAUGAUUGACUGUGACGACAGUGCUAUACUUUCUUGAUUUUAGAAACACCGAGGUAAGUCAGUGUGUGUUAUCCUGAUAAAUUCUGUCCUCGUUCUCUUGUUGAAUUUAUAGUGGUUUAGUAUUUUGUUUU